AUGCGUGGUCACCCCACUCAGCAACACGACGAGCCAUCCCUCAGUGUCCACACCUACGUCGUGACCGCCAAGCGCCAGUGGCCAGUGGGGUUCACCACCACCUAUGCCGUUGUCCCCAUCCCCGACCUUCUUAUGGAUAUGGCCCGUCUCGGUCCUCGACCUGUGAACACUUUGUGUCCCGAGCAGAGAAUUCAGAUAACGCAACAGGUUGGACUCUCCCCGUGGCCGAUAUCCAACAUACCUGGGCGGGGUGGGUAA